GCCACUUGGUGCAUGUAUAAAAGGAGAUGCUGUAGUGGAUCUACAUCAUCAUUCGGUGCUUUAGUUUAAUCGGAUCAGCCACAAUGGGAUUCAAGUUUGUUGCUUUCGCCGCUCUGCUGUCUGUAGCUUCUGCUGGCAUAAUCCAAACCCCGGCAUUGUCGGUGGCUCCCAUCGCCAAGGUGGCAGUUGCAGCGCCGGUGGCCAAGGCCGUCGUUGCCGAGGAGUACGACCCCAAUCCCCAGUACUCGUACGGCUACGAGGUCCAAGACGCCUUGACGGGGGACAGCAAAGGGCAAUAUGAGACUAGACAAGGAGACGUUGUGCAAGGCUCUUAUUCCGUGGUGGACCCGGACGGUACCCGCAGAAUCGUAGAGUACACAGCAGAUCCGGUGAACGGAUUCAACGCCGUCGUUAACAGGGAACCACUCGCCGCACCCGUUGCCAAAGUGGCUCCCUUGGCUUAUGCAGCGCCAGCAAUAACGAAGGUCGCAGCUCCUUUGGCUGUUGCCGCCCCUGUGGCCAGGGUCUCCCCGUACGCUCAAUUCGCCUCCGUCGCCAAGGUGGCUCAACCAUUUGGUUUCAUCCAUUGAUUUAUGAAUGUAUAAUUAAU